GCACAGCGUAGCGGUAAGGGUGUAACCAUCCACAUUGGAACAGGUCUUAUUGUGUGCCAUCCAUCGCUUCGUAGCAGGUUGAAUCGUUUGACAAAUUUAAGCGUGAAAGAAAUUUUGUGCUUUUGGAAAUAAAAGCAACUUAAAACAGUAUUGACGUUUGUAUUGUUUUGUGUGAUUCUACAAAAGUGUCCAGUCCAGUGCCGUGUCAAGAUGCAUAUCAUAAAAAACAAAGCCCUUUACUUCACCCUCAUGCUCGUUGUCUUGAGCAUGUGUUUGGAUCAAACCGAGGCACGUCGCAAGAUUCUCCGCGGACGCCGUACCAUUAACCGAACCUUCAAACGUGGACCAAUGAUUCCUGCAUGGGCCAUCAUUACGAUAGUGGCCAUCGUGAAUCUGCUGCUCGGCGGCAUUGCUUAUCUAAUAUUCCGCAAGGUCGUGCUCAAUGCACCGAUCGAAAACGUUACCUCCUACACGCCGGCCAUGCAGGAUGAGUACAGCUCCUGAGCUCCCAAAUAAAUGGCCCAUCCAGCCGUACACAAACACUUAAUUUACCAUGCUACCCCCAACCCCACGACAGCAGCAAAUUGAAUCCUGCCGGUAGUUUGUAAGCAUUACCCCUUGUACAUCCUUACAUCCCCUUGAAUCGAUUCACAAAUCAAUAAACCACCAGAUCAGUUUCGAAGAAACGUAACCAAAACAA